UUGCAGCCGGGCGAUGUCACAGCUAUGAUUCGACAGAUGCCCCCAAUCUGGCUUGAUCUUGGCCCAGCCCACUCACACCAGAACAAACCUGUUCUCUGCCUUACGGGGAACUGGCUGCCAACAACGGUGGAAGGACUCCUAGAAACCAUCGCCAGCCGAGCAUUAAACCUUUGGGCAAUGCGAGUUUAGAUGAACCCCUUCUCCAUGGCUCAUCGUUGCGCGUCUCAGCAUGCCUCCGCCGCGCCUUGCUCGACGGGCCCUGCCCUUGAGCCUCAAUCGUCCCGACCGGGAAAUCGCUGCUUCUGGAUAAUCUUCGAAAGCAAGCAUUAUUCGCCCUGGGCAGCCCACACGCCCACUGGCCAGGGCCGAUUGACAGCGGGUGCCUCGACCGACGAACUCAACCGACUCGACCAACAAGAAGCACCGCACCGUGCUGGCCUAUCCUUGGUCUUCAACACGAACCCCUGCGCCUGCUGGCCUCGGGCCACCGUAUUGGUCAGUCUCUGCUGUGGGAUUCGACAAAAAGGGCAAUCCAAGACGGAGUACGCCAAUCUCCCAUCGCCCUUAUGGUUCGCUGCUAACCAGGCAUUUGCCUGCACCCUAUGCAUAUCCAUAUUCCAAACUUCGUAUAGCCAGAAUUAGCCCCAACCACCCCGGAGUCACAUAGUCAUGGUACCACAGAGAGGGGUUUCCGGAAAGGGCACACCCCCCCCCAUCGCCAUCACGGAAUCAACGCCCUGCGGCAUGCAUCCCACUCUAGCCCCUCCCCUC